UUUGAUUCCGGCUACACCAUGUUUGUAGUGCAGUGGUAAUUCUGUUUUUACAAAAGAGGGACGGGAAGCUACAGGUGGUGACUACAGUGGGCUGUUCUAUGUAUACUACAGGUGGUGAUUAGCUGUGAUACAGCUGAUGACUUCUGUAGGGUGUGUAUACUACUCUGUUGGGGACGUGUGGCUGUGUACCGUUAGGUGGUGCUGGCUGCUGAAGUAGUGGCACACCGCAGUCACUCGGCCAUACUAGGGCAGGCUGCCUACUGAUUGCCACUGAUAGUAAAGCAAAUGACAAGCUUGUGGGCUAUUCCAGUUCAAAGUUGUUUUUAUCAUUUAUCGAUAGAACUGCAUUAUAGAUUUAUGUGAUGUAUUGAGAAUUUGUAAACAUAUGAGACAGGUAGGUUUUGUGGCGGUCUACCUGUGGCACAUGAGGUGAGACAAUGGUUGGGCUGGUGCAAUGGUUGGCCUCUCUCUUCUAAUUAACAGAAGAACCUGGACUUCUUAUGGAGGUGAAAAUUUAAUUACGAUAAUUGAAUGUGCUGGCGAGAUGUUAAAAAUGAGUUUGGAGAGUGAAUUAAUAUUUAAACAGUCUACAGAUAAUUACGUCAAAGUGGACUGAUGCUGGGCUGAAGCUAAAGGCCAGCAUAGGAACAUCCCACAUGGAUGACAGCAAGCAACCUGUAGACGUGCCACUCCUGGAAGCUCAAACAGUCAUGCUCAUUACCACUCCCCUCAGGGGUGACAUGAAUCGGUUCACCAGCAACUGUACACCACUUCCAUCUGGGACAAUCGUUUCACUUUGUAACUUAACGCCGCUACUCAUGUCUUGUCCUCCUCUUCCGGGGCAACAUUCUUAACUAUGCAUUCCCGUUAUUAUUAAUAUUACUCCACAACGAAGUGUUAUAAUGAAUAUUUUCAGGAAAAGCAGAUGUAUUUCACCCUCAUUUGAUCUGCCAAGGAUGUGUUUACCUCGUCAGAAGCAGACGUCCAUUGAUGACAAUGACCUAGAUGAGGCCAUUUGUCUUGAGGUUCCAGUGGAGACAAGGGCACGUUCCUCUAGUUUUGAUGCCAGUACUUUACAUAAAGAGACCCAAGAGUUUUUGGAGGUUCCCAAUCCUGGUCGGCGUUGUCAGUCAUUUGACUCGUCUUCCUCAGGAUGGGGCCAAGAAGUUGAGGAGUUCGAGCGUGAGGGUCGUCGUUAUAGUCUUAUUUCUAAAUACUCAAGGCGCCGGUCCUCGUUUGAAAUUCCGAAACUAUGCAUCCAUUGUGUACAUAUGGAACAGUACGAAGAACAGCAUAAGGAGGACGAGAGUCACCACACCGAGGUUGAGAAUGGCGCCUCUAGUGAUGAGGAUCUGUCAUUAGACAUGGGGUCUUUGGACUCUUGGGAUGAUUCUGAUGACAGUUGUGGACCUCAGGACAAAGAGGUGGAGGACAAAGAGGUGGAGGAGAUUAUGUGUAACUACACCAACGCCCUAACCCUUGAGGUACCCAUCAUAAAGACUUUUCGCUCCUCCUCUCUGGAUGCUACCAUCCUUAACUCACAAGCACCACCCAAUGAGGUGGUAUUCAAAAGUGGACGUGGCACUGUGCAAAGGCAGGAAUCUUUCGAUGAGGGAACACUGGAGGUUCCUAAACAAGUGCGCUCAAGUUCUGUGGAUAUAAGUCUUCCUACUGAAAAGGAGGCUCAUUACAGGGCCAUCGCCAUUACUUCAAAUACAACGACUGGAGACAUUGUGUUAGGGACUGACUUGUUGUCAGGGGAUGGGAAGAAAGCUAUUUCCAAAAAUGCAUUGAACCAUGCAGCCAAUUAUUUACAUCCUACCCACGCUGAGCAUGGGUACCGGCGGCGGGAGCUUCGGGACACUGUCGACUGGCUGGUACGUACAUUGUCUUGUCUGUCCUGGCAGGAAAUCACUUAUUGAAUUAUUGACAUAAGGUAAUGACUUAACAACUAAAGGCUAAAGACCAAUUCUUUUUUGCUUAUUUCCUGUGCAUUCAUUGCUGGGUAUACUUUGAGG